AUGGAAAAUGAUUCACAAGUCCUUGUUCCUAUAAAGGCGAUUCCACUUCGCCAAAUACCACCUCAAAGAAACCUCUUGGACGAACAAGAGAUGUCAAGCCCUCAAGCACCACCACCUUCUUGGGAUAGUCCUCCAAAACUAUCCUCCUUGAAGACAAAGAAGAAACUUCUUCCCUACCUUGAAGCAGCCGACCUGGAGACAUCUAGCCAAGCCGCAUCUUACAGAGAAGAACACCUUCUAGCCACGCCAGAAGAGGAGAUUAACCCUGAGAUGAUUGAGUUCGUGAAGAGAGAUCAAUUCCAUCAUCUGUUUUCAGAGUAUGCGCUAGAGCAUCUGGAUCACUUUGAUAAUCUUUGUGAUUCCUAUGGAGUCUUUGACUUUGAGAAGAAGAUGAUGCUAUUCAGCACAUCACUAGCUGGACCAGCACUAGAUUGGGCGCAGCAUGAGCCACUCUCUACAAUCGAGUCAUGGAUCGAUUUUAGAGAAGCCUUCUUGAAGAGAUUUGCAAGGCUACCACCUUUCAAGUCCAAGUACAAUCACUACUCUCAUCAGCUGGAGAGAGAGCAGUGUGCAAAGGAGCAUCUAUGCAACUUUGAGCAGCUUUGCCACGACUAUGGAGUUGGAGAUAACCCCAAGAAGAUACAACUUUUCCAACUAUCUUUAGCUGGACAAGCCAAAGAAUGGGCUAAGUUCAACGCCCAACAUGCUUUCAAGACUUGGAAUGGAUACAAAGGAGCUUUCCUCUACAGAUUUGCUAAAGGUCCCAUUUAUGUUCCACCACCACGCCCCAGUAAUUUUUCGAUGGAUUUCCGACGGUUUUCAACAGCACAAAAACGGUCGCCAAAAGAGCGAAGACUGUCCAAAGCCGAUCUAUCGAGAAUCGACGCCCAAACCGCGCAGAACGGCCGGCCGAGGAACGCAUGUUCCGCUCUCGGCCAAAAUUGCGUCCGUCCGUCUGAAGUCUCGGCCAAAGUUCAAAACCGUUCGGCCGAUCAUGCAUCACGACCCGGGAAACUAAGACCCGCAGUCGGCCACGCCACGACCGUCCACGCCUCGCCGCGCACGACCAUGCCGCGCGAGCCGGGAAACAAAGCCUCGCGGCCGCGUAACCUAUCUCGCGUACCACGGCCGAUGGUUCCGGCUCGUCCCAAGUCCGGCCGAGAAACCAUCGACCAUUCCAUCAACCGUCCGACCACACCGGCCGACCGUUAA